AUGUCGAACCUCAAUUCUUGGGAGGACGAUCCUGCUGCUCAGGACGAGAACCUCGCUCAGCAGGCUCAGCAGCAGCUCAACGUCAACCCUGCUGCUCCCCAGGGCGGCUUCCGACCUGGCGCUGCCUCAUUCCAGCCCACCGCUCAGACUUUCCAGCCUGGCCAGGCCUUUGGCGGGGGAUAUGGACAGUACCAGCAGCAGUACUAUCAGCAACCACAGGGAUUCUAUCCUCAGUAUGGCGCAGGCCAGGGAUUCGAUCAGUACAACCAGCAAUAUCAAAACUACAGCGGUGGUUACAACCAGGGCUACAACCAGAACUUUGGCCAGGGCUAUCCUCAGUAUGGCCAACAGCAAGGCCAACAGCAAGGCCAGCGAAACCAGCAACAACAGCAGUUUGCAGCCCCCGCUCAGAACAAUGCUGCACAGGCUGCCCCUGUGAAGUCGCUCCCCGUCGAGAAGCCUGCCGCUGCUGCUAGCGCACCCAAGCCUGUUGUUACCAACGAAGGAGGUGCCAAGGUGCUUAGCAUUGGAGGCGACGCAAAGCCCAAGGCUAAAGUCUUGUCGAUUGGCUCUCCCGCUGCCUCUUCUCCUUCCCCGGCCAAGGACGAGGCCAAGACUGAGCCGUCCAACGCCCCAGAUGCGGGCAAGAAGGUUACCGCAGCCAAGGCUAUUGAGAAGACCGGCGAGAAGGCAGGAAAGGGUUCCGCCAGCGGCAAGUCUUCUGGAAGGACAUCUCCCGACCCAUCAUCUGGCCGCUCCAGCCCGUCUGCCGGAGAGAAGAAGGCUCAGCGCGAAGUCGAUGCUGUCCUCAAGGCGCAGGCAGCUGAUGUGGACGAUGAUACUCUCAAAGAAAUCUACGGAAAGGAGCACGUCAACAUCAUUUUCAUCGGACACGUUGAUGCAGGCAAGUCAACUUUGGGCGGCUCGAUCCUGUGGACCACCGGAAUGGUCGACGAGCGUACCAUGGACAAGUACAAGAAGGAGGCAAAGGACCUGGGUCGUGAGUCAUGGUAUCUCUCCUGGGUCAUGGAUUUGACCAAGGAAGAACGAACCAAGGGAAAGACCGUCGAGGUUGGACGUGGUUUCUUCGAGACUGAGAAGCGACGCUACAGUAUCCUGGAUGCCCCUGGCCACAAGACAUAUGUCCCUAGCAUGAUUGGAGGUGCUUCUCAGGCAGAUGUGGGCAUUCUCGUCAUCUCAGCGCGAAAGGGCGAAUACGAGACAGGUUUCGAAAGAGGAGGACAAACCCGUGAGCACGCUAUGCUUGCCAAGACUCAAGGUGUCAACAAGCUGAUUGUGGCGAUCAACAAGAUGGACGACCCGACGGUGGAGUGGUCCGAGGAGCGUUACAAGGAGUGUACUACCAAACUACAGCAGUUCUUGAAGGGAACCGGCUACAACCUUAAGACUGACGUCUACUUCAUGCCCGUGGCCGCUCAGCAAUCCCUCAACAUCAAGGACCGACUGCCAGAGGGUGUUGCCCCUUGGUGGAAGGGACCCUCACUGCUGGAGUACCUUGACGGCAUGCAGGCUCUGGAGCGCAAGGUCAACGCACCAUUCAUGAUGCCCAUCAAUGCCAAGUACCGCGAUCUGGGCACCAUGGUCGACGGCAAGAUCGAGGCGGGAGUUAUCAAGAAGGGCAUGUCGUUGAUUAUGAUGCCUAGGAAGCAGCCCGUGGAAACGGCUGCCAUCUACGGAGAGCAGGAAGAGGAGCAGCCCAUUCUCCAGUGCGGUGACCAGGUUCGGUUGCGUCUCAAGGGCAUUGAAGAAGAAGACAUCCUGCCCGGAUUUGUGCUUUGCUCGCCGAAGCGACUUGUGCACUGCGUGUCCGAGUUCGAGGCGCAAAUCAAGGUUUUGGACCUCAAGAGCAUUCUCACAUCCGGAUUCAACUGCGUGCUUCACGUACAUGCGGCCAUCGAAGAGGUCACCUUUGCGGCGCUGCUACACAAGCUCCAGAAGGGCACUAACCGCAAGAGCAAGGUUCCUCCCACUCACGCCAAGAAGGGCGACAGCAUCAUUGCCAGACUUCAGGUGACUGGAGGCGCUGGUAUGGUUUGCGUUGAAAAAUUCGAGGAUUACCCGCAGAUGGGUCGUUUCACCCUCCGAGACCAGGGACAAACAAUUGCCAUCGGCAAGAUCACCAAACUCAUUACCAGCGAGGACCAGUAA